AUCACGGCUAUCUGACAGCGGUACAGCAGGGAGCUGACACUGACAGGAGCCUCUCCAGCUCAACAGAAUUUCACGUAAUAUUUUUCCAUAAUUCAAUUUUCUUUGUUUAGUUACGUUUUCUCAAGACGCAUAUGAACGUGCGGUUAAAUGCAGUUCACUGACUGAGGGGAUUAUCCUCUUAAAAGAUCUCACAAUAGACUGCUGCUUAAUUAAUCCUCACCAUGGCGACGGUUGUGAUGGAGCAGAUUGGGCGGCUGUUCAUCAACGCACAGCAGCUUCGCCAAAUCCCCCGUUUCCUGGAGUCAGCCUUCCCUAAACUGCCUUGUACCAUGAUGGUGAGCGAUGUGCCGUGGGUUUUCCGUGAGUCACAUAUAUUCACGGGCUACAGGCCGCCCGACCAGAACUGGCGCUACUACUUCCUCACUCUGUUCCAGAGGCAUAAUGAGUCAGUAAAUGUGUGGACACACCUGCUGGCCUCCCUCAUUAUCUUAGUCAAAUUUCAGGAGCUGUCAGAAACCGUGGACUUCCUGCGAGACCCACAUGCCCAGCCGCUGUUCAUCCUGCUUUUAGCCGCCUUCACCUACCUGGGCUGCAGCGCGCUUGCCCACCUGCUCUCGGCCAAGUCUGAGCUCUCCCACUACACCUUUUAUUUUUUGGACUACGUUGGUGUAGCCGUAUACCAGUAUGGUAGCGCCCUGGCCCACUUCUAUUACGUCAUCGAACAAGAAUGGCACGCUCAAGUGCGAAGUUUUUUCCUGCCAGCUGCGGCCUUCCUGGCCUGGCUGUCCUGUACGGGCUGCUGCUUAGGCAAGUACGCCAGCCCAAGCUUGCCCAAAUUCGUUCACAAGCUAUUCCAAGUGGUUCCCUCGGGCCUGGCCUACUGUUUAGACAUCAGCCCAGUGCUCCAUCGCAUCUAUAAAUGCUACAGCUGCGAACAAGGCUGUGCUGACCAGGCGGUGGUGUACCACUGCUACCAGGUUGUCUCCUUUUUAAUCAGUGCCUACUUUUUCUCAUACCCCCAUCCUGAGCGCUGGUUCCCUGGACAUUGCGACUUCAUCGGGCAGGGCCAUCAGGUCUUCCACGUGUUCCUUGUGCUCUGCACUCUAGUGCAGCUCGAAGCCGUGCGACUGGAUUAUAGCGAGAGGAGACCUCUUUAUGAAAGUCUCCAUGGAGACUUGGCUCACGAUGCAGUGGCUCUUUUUAUCUUCACAGCGUGUUGCAGCGCACUCACUGCGUUCUAUGUGCGCAAACGGGUGAAGGCGUAUCUAGAAGAGAAGCAGGAGUAGCCAGAGACCUUGCCUUGAACAUGUAGGAAGGAUUGCACUGGCCUACAACAAUUGAAGCAACUAACAAUGAAAAACCUUUUUGUUAUCUUUAAGUGUGUCUUAUAUUUGUUGUUAAUGUUUUUUUGUGGCCUGCCAAUGCAUUUUGAACCAACUGCUUUUUGUUUACCAAACUGGUGACAUGCCAGUUAAAACCGCAUCACAUUUGAAGAAUGGCUGUAAAACAGUGGACUGCCUGCUGGAAGGUGCUGAUUUGUUUGACGAGUGCCAUUACAACUUAUUUAAUCUGGUUAACGUGAGAACUGUGAUGAGAUGUCAGCUUUUUUGCUUACAGGAUAGUUUAGGUAGACUGGAUCAUUGGAAGUGUUCAUAUUUGCAUUGCGUCUCUAAAUCCAACCUCAUUUUGGUGCAGUCUGCUGCUCUUAAGUAUGUUACUCAAAUGGCAUUUGCACAUUUAGCAGACAUAUAUUGCA